AAUCCAGCGUGUCUGCACGUAGCCUAUUUCAUUCUUCCGUGGAACAACUUCAUAAUAGUCGUAGUUUCAUAGGGACAUCCUAUGCGUGCUGCACUAUCCAAGGCGGAAGCAGGAAGGGACUUCAACAUGGCGGAGACCCACAGUCUGCAGGACAUGCGGCAGCAGGCAGCCAUCGCCUCCAAAGUGUUCAUCCAGAGAGACUACUCCACCGGCACCGUCUGCCAGUUCCAGACCAAGUUCCCGUCGGAGCUGGAGAGCCGGAUUGACAGGCAGCAGUUUGAGGAGACGAUCCGGUCCCUGAACAUGCUGUACGCGGAGGCGGAGAAGCUCGGGGGGAAGUCGUAUCUGGAGGGCUGCUUGGCCUGCCUCACGGCCUACACCGUCUUCCUCUGCAUGGAGACGCACUACGAGAAGGUUCUGAAGAGGAUUGGCCAGUUCAUCCAGGAACAGAACGACAAGGUGUACGCCCCUCGAGGCCUGCUCCUGACGGACCCCAUCGAAAGAGGCCUGCGGGUCGUGGAAAUUGCCGUUUUCGAGGACCGAAGCUCUUGAGCUGGAAGGCAGAGGCCCAAGCCCAAGUUUCUCUUGUUCUGUCGGUGAUGUCAUCAACAGGGGACCUGACUUCCUGUAGCCUUGCAGUCUGGCCCAAGGUACUUUCCUUCCCUCAGUGAAGCCUGGAAGGUGGCAGCUUGUAGAACUAGAAAACUAAUCCCGAUGGGUUUAGCUCGCUAGCUAGCUCAGUAACAUUAUACAGAUAGCUUUGAUAAUACAUUAAAGAAAAGCUGCCUGUGAAGUAGUAUGUACACAUCAUCUGUGGUUGGCUGAGCUGAACCUGCUGCCUUUCAGGCAUCACUGAGGCUAGGAAAAUAUUAUGGGCCUCUCUGCCCUUGCCAUCCUGCAGUGUGAAUAAUGUGUGUGUUCCUUUUCUCCAUCUCCUCUUCUUCAUGGGUUUUAUGCCGCAGGUAGAGGGUGGGAGGAUAUGACCUUUCAGUGGGCUGACCAAAGGCCCCUAUUUAUCAUUUCCCUGCUUGUUGAACAUUAAAGUACAUAUACAAUUUAUUACUUUGUCACUUAAAUCAAGAUCUUAUUUCUGUCUGUAAAUUUACACUGUACCAUGUUAUUUUAAAAUAAUUGUUAUUCUAUUUAAUCGCGCCUUUUUUUAUGUAAAUGUCUUUUUGUAUAUAAAUGCUUCUCUGGAAGUGAACGGUCAGACCGUCCUGCGGUUUGCGUGUGCUGUUGUCUGUUGGGUGGGAUUCUGUAUCCUGUGGACACGGAUAGUCAUGGAAGGAGAACGACGAGCAUUUCCUGCAUUCUGUCAAUCACGGCCGCUUGUGAUGUCAUUCCCAUCACAAACUCAGGUGACCCGGGCGAAAGGUUUUCACAUAUCACAGCCGCAGGGGAGAGCCUGGGCUGGAAGCAUGUUUUUAUACCAAUUCCUCCUCGAUUAUUGAGUAUGUCAAACAUUUUAUGACGCCAGUUGUGUUUUCAGUGUGCCAUACAAUGGCAAAAACCGGAAAGUAAAGGUUGGAAAUGACUUGUCUGAAGUUAUAACUCUAAGCUGUGCGUAUGUGUGAUUUGUAAAUAUGAAUGAUUUGCAUCCAGGGGUUCUUGAAUAACAGUAAUAUUAUGUAACAUUAAUAAAUUGACUUCCAAAGAAACCAGAAUGCACCCUUGGGAUUUAGUGUCUUGGCUUUCUGUUCAUUUUCAAUGUGAUGUAAUGGAUAUGAUGUUAUUUUCAGUUUUUCAGAUGUACAAUCUUUGUUGAAAUUGUUUACUGUACCAAAAUUAAACUGGUCUUUUCUUGGAGAA